UGCAUCACUGCUGCCGACUAUCGGCUUAGCUCCCUCCGCCGCUGCCGCUUGCUGCCACCGCUGCUGCUGCUGCACAGCGAGAAGAUAGCAAGAGGGCUCGGCGCGCGUGUGCGCACAAUGGCUCGGCGAGCCAUGGAGCAGGUACUGGAGAGCCUCCCCGAGCUACCCGUGUGCACAGGGGCCAAGGACACAGACCUCAUCUUCCUGCGAGGACUCAUGGCGAGCCCCAUUGUUCAGUCCCUCGCCAAGGCGCAGGCUCGGCUUGAGGAGCCCAAGCUCGAGGCCGUGGGUGAGAACAACCUGGAGCUGGUCAAGGAGAUCCUGGAGGACAUUUCUCCAAUGGCAGAUCAGGAUGGAGGGGCGGCCGAGUUAGCGAACAUCUUAAAUGAGCCUCACUUUCAGUCUCUGCUGGAAGCGCAUGACGUGGUGGCCUCCCAGAGCUACGACAACAUCACGAGCAGCACGGGGAACGAUAGCAGCGACCUCUGGAGUGACCCGGUUGCCCUGGACGGAGCUGCUGGGACGGACGCCAUCCGCAUGGUCGGAAUUCGCAAGGUGGAGGGGCAGCCACUGGGCGUCACGUUCCGCGUUGAGAGCAGCGAGCUGGUGAUCGCGCGCAUCCUGCGGGGCGGCAUGAUCGACCAGCAGGGCCUCCUGCACGUUGGCGACGUCAUCCGUGAGGUCAACGGCCGCGACGUCACCAAUGACCCCGCCGGGCUGCAGCGCUUCCUGCGCGAGGCCACGGGCAGCGUCGUGCUCAAGAUCCUGCCCAGCUACACACGCUCGUCACCCCCCGCACAGUGUGUUUGGAAGGUGUUUGUGAAGUGCUACUUCGACUACAACCCGGAGGAUGACCAGCUGAUUCCGUGCAAGGAGGCAGGCAUGCGUUUCAACCGCGGGGACAUCCUGCAGAUCGUGAGCCAAGAGGACCCAGACUGGUGGCAGGCGCUGAAGGUGAAGGAUGGAGGCAGUGCCGGGCUCAUUCCCAGCCAAACGCUGGAGGAGAAGAGGAAAGCUUACGUGAGGCACGAGUGGGACUACACGGGCGUAUCUGGAGGUUUCUGUGGCGUCUUGGGUGGGAAAAAGAAGAAGAAAAUGAUGUACAUGUCCACUAAAAAUGCAGAGUUCGACCGCCACGAGAUCCUGAUUUACGAGGAAGUUGCCAAGAUGCCACCGUUCCAGAGGAAGACGCUCAUGCUCAUCGGAGCGCAGGGGGUCGGUCGGCGAAGCCUCAAGAACCGCCUGCUCGUGGCCAACCCGUCGCGAUACGGAAUGAUCGUGCCUUUCACGUCUCGGCCUCCGAGGGACGACGAGAAGGAGGGCCAGGGCUAUUACUUCGUGUCGCGCGCCGAUAUGGAGGCGGACAUCCGCGCCGGCCGCUACCUCGAGAGCGGCGAGUACGAGGGGAACCUGUACGGCACCAAGAUCGAGUCGAUCCACGGCGUCGUGCGCACCGGCAAGAUGUGCAUCCUCGACGUCAACCCCCAGGCCCUGAAGGUCCUGCGGACGGCGGAGUUCAUGCCCUUCGUGGUGUUCGUGGCGGCGCCCACGCUGGAGACGCUGCGCGCGAUGCACCGCGCCGCCCUCGACGCCGGCGCCACCAGCAAGCACCUGACGGACACGGACCUCAAGAAGACGGUGGACGAGAGUGUGCGCAUCCAGCGAGCCUACAGUCACUUCUUUGACUUGAAGAUAGUCAACAACAACAUGGAUGUGGCAUUCGCCAAGCUGAGAGCUGCCCUGGAAGGGCUUGGCAAGGAGCCCCAGUGGGUGCCCAUCAGUUGGGUCUACUGACAGCAGCACUCGUGGCAAAGUCAGGAUUUUUUAACAAAAUUUCCUUCCCUUUUUUUAUUUUUUAAAUCGGAGGAGAACUGACGCCAACGUCUGAAGUGUGCGCGGUCGGGCAUGGCGAGAGGGUGGAUGGAGAGAUGUCUUCAGCUGAACAGAUGUGAAAGAUCCUCGAUGGCGAUGGGGUUAGAGGGUGCAAAAGAAUAUUUUCUUUUUAAUGCCGAUUGCAGACUUGGACGGGAUAAUCCGGGACGAUCUGGGCAUCAAGGAAGGCGUGCGGCCACUACUGGAACUUAGCCCUCUGUUUGUGAUCCAAGAAUAUUGGACUUUGCAUGGGUGCAUCUGCCGUUGUGUGUGCGUGGCAUAAUCCAGUGAACGUUAGAUCUGUUGUGUGGAUGCAAAGUGUCCAGGCUAGGGGGCCGAUAAGGGAACUUGAAAAAGAAGCUGGCAUUCAUAAAUUAGCCCUCAUGGUUGUAGGCAUUGCAGUAUUGCCCCGUCUGCCUCUCAUCACCACGUGGCUCACGGAUUUCAAGUGCCAUUGUGUAUUUCAUGCAUUUUUUUCCUCCCCUUUUUGGGAUGCUAAACAUUUCUUGAGGAAAAUGUUAACAGUAACACUCUCGAGAUGCUUUCUUAGGCAGUGUUAAUUGCAUUGAGACCUGUGAUGAGAAGACUAAUUAUUAACGUAACUUUAAUCGGGCUUAACUCCUGACCACAGACAAUAUACAUCAGAAUGAGGAUGAAGGAAAGCUGUCUGUACACUAUUAUGGGAACAUUUAAAAAGUGGAUAUAGUCGGUCCAGAUAUUCUCAACAGGUUUUAAGAAAGCACGACAUAUUUUUAGACUUAGUUGAAGGCAGAUCUUAUAGACCAACGACAGAUAAAUUCAUCAUAGUAGUUGCUAAAUUACAAAUAAUGUGUGUGUGCUGUAUAUAAUUUGAAAAUGUAUGUAUACAUGUCUUCGUGCGUGCGGUGGUGCAGCGGUUAGCGCACUGUUCGACAAACCGUGUGGCCCGCGUUCGAUUCUUUCUCACGGCCAACACCAGGGACGAUUAUCUGAACCAGUCCUGGGCCUCCCCGAGGUCGAUUCAGCCUCAAAUAAGUACCUGGUCUGAUGUGUAAACAUCGUCUCGAGGGAAACAAAGGUGACCAGGCGCGAUGCUGGCCACGUAACCCCUCCUGUGACGUGCCAUCCUUGAUAGGUGCUCGCUAACAGCACUUUCCCCAAUAGCCUGAUAAGACCUGAUAGUGCUAUAUGGGUGGUCUUUGUCUUUGUGUGUGCGUGCAUAUAUCCACGUGUGUAUGUAUAAAACGGUAUACAACACAGCAAGAGGUAGGCAGUGGAAAACACAGUCAGUGCAUCUGCCGGUUAUUUCAGUCAAUCAGUCAGUUCGUUGUCCUUCCACCGCACCUCUGAUUAUCACGGUUGGCUACGUACGGUGCGAAAGAAGUUCUACACACGUACAACGCAACAACUGGGUUAGUCCUGGGGCCUCCUGCCAGAGAGCCUGAGACAUUUUACGUGGCCUCAAAGUGAAUUUGGCACAUAUCUGGAGCAGUCAUGGUUGUUUUGAUAUAUUGCGUUACUACUCCUGGCUACCCAGUAUUAUUAGUUCCUGGUCAUGCACACAAGUGAAAAAAAUGUGGAGUCGAUAUUGUAAGUAUCUAUCCUGGCAGCGGCCUCCCUUAAGUCAGGUCAGCCUAAAACUGGAGUCUAAACAUGGCCGUAGGGGAGACACGGGCAUCUAAGCAUCAUCCUGGCCACGCCAUCACUUAUGUGAUGCCGUCUUUAAUAGAUUCUCGCUAACAGCACUUGCCCCAACAGUAUGUUAAGCCUAUACGGGGGAUCUUUGUCUUUGCUUUAUAAGCGCAGUGUAAGGAGGUGUGACAGUGCCAGUCCCAUCAUAGUAAAUAAACAAAUCCAAAAGAAUAAACUUUAUAAAUCCGUUAUAGAGUUUUAUGUCAGAGCUCUGAGCGAACAGUAACAUCUGCGAAAGCCGCGCGAAAUGUCAACCACGGCGGCACGGUAACGAUCGUUCAUCGCUCGGCAGGGUUACCGAGGAUUUUAUGCGCAAAUUCCGCGCGCACAACGAACGUGUCGAAUGGAGAGAAAAAAUCUCCCUCCAGGGUAAUCUGCAUGCCAUUCUGAAAGGGACGAGAAAUCAUUGUCACACGCCUGUUUGAUAUGAGCGGAGCCCCAUCCCAGGAAAUAUCUGGCUCCCAGGGUGCGUGUGAAUGAUUAUUUUUGACACUGUCAAAUAUGAUUUUUUUCAAUAUAUAUUUUACCCACAAUGAAUAUUUUGCAUUUCAAAGUGAGCGACCUUCUAUGAGCAAGGAAACCGAUUUAUCGCAUCGGAGCAAUUGCAUAAAUUAAGUAGCACGGCAUCAUAUAAAUUGUAAUUUAUGAGAAUGUAAAUUUUUGGCAUUGUUCGAUGCAAUGAAAUUAACAAAUUUGUAUGAGGUAGGGCUGACACACCUCCUUGUCACGGAGCACAUUGUGCAUACAUCAAUACUCCGCUAAGGAGAUUUGGCAGCACGUUGCCCUGUGCCAUCUUCGUCACUUUCAAAGGCAAAGACUUUUGAAAAUGAGGCUCUAAAGGUCAUACGGACUUGCGUGUCUUGAAGCCCCGUGUUAACGCAUACAUUUUUGUUUGGCUUCGGGACGAUUCAACUACCUUGGAAUAUCGUAAACAUGCCUGGCAUGAGUAAUAUUUUAAUGUAUAUUGAACUUCUUUCACACCGUACCUAGCCAACCAUGCUAAUCGGAGGUGCAGGGAAAGGACAACACACUAGACACAAAAAUCAGUCCUCAAGAAAUUUGUUUUUAAUGAAGGUUAAAAAAAAAAUUGUUUAGUAAAUACACUACAGUAUAAACACACAAGAUGGCAAUGAGCCAACAAGUCUUUGUUGCAAAGGAGAUCAGAUUAUACGUAGUCUUUAUUUUCACGAGUGAUGUACAGCAUUUUGCUGCGUUAAAAAAAGCAAACCUACAUUGGACCCUUUUGAUGAUUUGCAGAUAACAAAAUAAUGACAUAGGGGUUAUCGCCAUAAAAUAAAAUAACGACAAUUAUUUUUCGAUUUAAAGCUUUCGUGACUGCAGGGAUUCAUCUUCUUGGUUCUUUCGGUAAAGUCACGUAGA